CUCCUGUGACACACCAGACGAUGCGUUGACUGAGCGGAGGAGAAGAAGAAAACCUCUCCCAGCCAGCCAGCCGUCCUGCCUGCUGCAUGGAGGAGAAGCUGAGGAGGAAGAGGAGCAGAGAGGAGCUGUUUGUGUACUGAGUUGACCUCCAUCCUGAUGAUCUUCAGUCUCAACCUGCCUGUCUUGCACUGACUCAACACCUCAGACCUCAACAACCCCCUCCUCCCUCAGCUCUGACCUCACUUACUCUCACCACAACAUGGAUCUGAAACGUUUUGGAGGCAACAUCUGCAGGAUCCCUGACACUUAAACUCACUGAACCGACCCCCCCCUCCUCUUCCUCCGUCAGUCCAACUCUGGCUGGUCAGGACCGUCUCCUCCAAGCCGUCACUUUCUGUCCCGUCCUCCCCUGGACCGACGGCGUCCACCAUGUCGGAGGGCCUGCUGCAGGUGGAGAUCCCGGACUUUGGCAGCAGCGUGCUGGGGAGCCUGAAUGAGCAGCGGCUGCUGGGUCACUACUGCGAUGUCUCCAUCCUGGUGCAGGGUCAGGCCUUCAAGGCGCACAGGGCCGUCCUUGCUGCCUCCUCGCUCUACUUCAGAGACCUGUUCAGCUCUGCAGCCGACUCUUCGUCCUCUUCCUCCUCUUCCCAGGCAGUGUUUGAGCUGCCAUCCUCUGUGACGCCGACAUGUUUCCAGCAGAUUCUGUCCUUCUGCUACACAGGGCGCCUCAGCAUGGCCGCCAGUGAGCAGCUGGUGCUCAUGUACACCGCCGGAUACCUCCAGAUCCAGAACAUUGUGGAGCGAGGCAUGGAGCUGAUGAUGAUGAAGGCUUCGUCCUCCUCCUCGCCUCUAUGCUGCGACUCACAGACAACCUCAACGGACGAGCUUGCGGGCUUCGACACCCCGAUGGUCCAGCAGCAGCAGCACAGCGCACCCCAGCUGCAGCAGGCCAGUCCAGACCAGCCAUCCCUGAGCCCAGAGGAGCUGCUGCUGGCUGUUAGCAGGAUCAAACAAGAGAGAGCCGAUACUCCUCCCGCUGAGGAGAAUGGAGGAGCAGCAGGAGGAGCAGCAGGAGCAGUAGGUGGAGGAGGGGGAGAGGAUGCCAGAGUGGACGUUUCUGGGGACCUCCAGACCUCCAGGAACAGCGCUCUGUGUUACCUUGGCGCAGGUGGUGGUUUGGUCCCGGGCCUGCAGUCCUACCUGCUGGCAAACGGCGGUCGCUCCAGUCCGGGAGGCUCCAGCCUUCCCACUGAUUCCCCUCCCUCCCACCCCGCCACCGAGGAGGAGCUGGAGGAGGAUUACUAUGGGAGCACCGCCCACUCUGGACUCUACCAACACAUCUACGGACAUCCUGGAAACCCCUACAUCCAAGAGAAGAUGGAGAUGCUCUCCCUCCCAUUGGCUAACGAGCGUCGGCCCUGCGUGCUCGUUGGGCGGGACAACAUGGCCCUCCCUGCCAGCCUGAUCAGUCAGAUCGGGUAUCGCUGCCACCCGUCGCUCUACACUGAGGGAGACCCGGGAGAGAAGGUGGAGCUGGUGGCCGGUUCAGGUGUGUUCAUGACUCGAGGUCAGCUGAUGAACUGUCACCUGUGUGCCGGAGUCAAGCACAAGGUGCUGCUCAGGAGGCUGCUGGCUACGUUCUUCGACAGAAACACUCUGGCCAAUAGCUGUGGGACAGGGAUCCGCUCCUCCACCAAUGAUCCGAGCCGAAAGCCCCUGGACAACCGAGUGUUAAACACCGUCAAACUUUACUGUCAGAACUUCGCUCCUAACUUUAAGGAGAGUGAGAUGAACGUCAUUGCUGCCGACAUGUGCACCAACGCCCGGAGAGUACGUAAACGCUGGCUUCCUAAGAUCCAGUCCCUCCUCCCCGACAGCCUCCCCGCCUCCUCCCACCCCCGCAAAGCUAAGAGGGGAGGAGCAUCAGGAGGAGGAGGUCAGGGAGGAGAUGCGGCGGUACAGCCCAGUGGCAGCCCCUUCGAGCUGGACCUGCGGCAGCUCAGCGCCUCCUACCUCGGCUUGGAGGCCCCGCUGUACAGUGAGCGACGCGAGAGGGAGGCGGUGGGGGAGCGGGAGAGGGAGAAGGAGGCCCCUGCCGCCCUGCUGCCUCACCUGCAGUUCGCCGGGUCCCGUGGAGGAGGAGCAGUAGGAGGAGGAGCCGGCGGCGGGCAGGCGGAGGAAGCGCUGAUGGGAGGCGAGGCCGACGGAGGAGGGAGGCUACAGACUGAACAACCCCCGGACCUCCCCCUCUCUCUGUCCUCCUCUGCUUCUUCCUCCUCCUCCUCUUCCUCCUCACACCCCUCCCCUCAGCCUGCAGAGCCCGCCCCUCCUCAGAGGGGAUUGGCCGACACAGAAGAGAGGGGGGCGGAGCCUCUGGAAGACAGCCAAUAAGCUUUCUAUCGCAUCUGCCUACCUGUAUGUAAAUAA